AUGACUGAUGGUGUAUUAAUGAAGGAAAUGGAGUCUGACAUCAUGCUAAAAAAGUACUCCGCGAUUCUUAUCGACGAAGCACAUGAAAGGUCCAUGUACAGCGAUGUUUUGAUAGGAAUGUUGAGUCGAAUAGCUCCAUUGAGGGCUAAAACUGCUAACCCGCUGAAGCUGAUUAUCAUGUCUGCUACAUUACGACUGGAUGAUUUCACUCAUAAAAGAAUCCAUGAAGCAUUACCGGAUGGUGCCAUACUGGUUUUCGUUAGCGGUCAACAAGAAGUCAAGCAACUAGUCAAGAAGUUGGUUACACGGUACCCUAUUCACUACGAGAAAAGUAAAGACGGUGAACUCGUGGUUAGAGGAGGCAAAAAAUGGAAAAAGAAACGUUUGAAAGAGGUGCAAGAUCUGAAGCUGGAGGAUUUCAAAGAGAAUCGUGUUGAACAGCUUGACGGUGAAGACUUCCUGGAAACCGGUGUAGGAGAUGUUAUGUGGGAUGAUUACGAGGAAGGAGAAAACGACGAAGAUAGUCGCUUG